CCGGCUCUUCCCUUCCUCUUCCUCUCUCUCUCCCUCUCUGCUCUGCAACUGCUUUGCUCUCCUUCUCGGGUACACAUCUCACUCCUUUGUGUGUGUUUGUUUCAAGGCUGAGCGUCCCUAUUGGUGUUGCUCGCGUCAUUCAUUACUCCCAAUCUACUCACUCUCUUUCAUCAAUCGUGUACCCUGAACCCGGUUGCUUUGUUCCAAUACAACACCUGUGAUACCCAUUCAGUUCAUUGUUCAUCAACCCAACAUCAUGCAGCUCAAGAACUCCAUGCUCCUGCUGGCCGCUCUGACGGCUGGCUCCGCUACUGCUCGCCUGCACGGCCAUGAACGCCGUCACCACCACAACGACAAGCGUGACGUCGGCGAUGUCGUCGUCGCUACUAUCGACGGUCAAAAGGUCUCCUGGAUCAACGAGUGGUCCGGUGUCGCCGCUACCACCGUCUCUGAGGCUGCCACUACUCAGGUGUCUGUCGAAGCUGCCGCUACUGUCUCCGUGGCCGCCUCCGUCGUUGCUUCCGUCUCGGCGGUUCCUUCUGCUUCCAGCUCUUCCGGCGCAGCCACUGCUAGUGGAUCCUGCUCGAGCUGGACCGACACCCUCUCGUCCGGCGAUUACUCUCGUGCCGGCUUUGGCAAGUCCACAGUCAGCAAGCGCACCACCAACGCCAUCUACUACACCGGCAAUGUCGGCAGCCCUUGGGGUAGCAACAUCAUCGAAGUCGACGCCUCGAACGCCUGCCAGUACAAGCACGUCGUCCGCAUUGACGGCAGUGAGACUGACGACUGGACCGUCGUCUUCUGGAACAAGAUCGGACCCGAUGGAGGUCUGAACGGCUGGUACGGCAACUCUGCUCUGACCCUGACCAUCAAGCCCGGUACCUCUCGCUACGUUGCCUUCGACGAUGACUCUCAGGGUGGCUGGGGUGCUGCCAAGGGUGACAAGCUCCCCACCGACGAGUAUGGCGGUUACUCCUGCACCUGGGGUGAAUUCGACUUCGGUAACACUAGCAACGAAGGCUGGUCCGGCUGGGACGUGUCUGCCAUCCAGGCCCAGAACUCCAAGCAGGAGGUGCAGGGUAUGAAGAUCUGCGACCACCAGGGCAGUGGAUGCUCCAGUAUCUCCAAGUCGGCCAGCAGCGUCAUCAAUGCCUACACGGCUGCCCUUGCUGCUGCCGAUGGCAUCGGUGGUUCCCUGGCCUCCGGCCCCGUCCGUCUCCAGGUCACCAUCGACUUCGAGUAGAUGUGUCUUGUCAUUAAUUUGUUCAGAUUUCUUUAUUUCUUUUCAAAUAUUCCCUUCGGUAAACUUGGCUUGGGGUUAGGGUGUUUUUGUGUGUGUGCAGGCCUGCACCGGGUCCUUCGGGGUCUGACCCUCGCAGCUGGAAGUGAGGGUUACAUUGCACGUCCGACCCUUGCCGUGCUGCCAGGAUCUGCUUGCUUGAUACGUUCGAUUGUACAUACAUCCAUAUACCACCGUGAUUAUUGAGUUAUGAGUAACUUUAUACUCUAAGUUUCAAUCCUUUAAUCAUGUUUUUACAUAAGUGAC